GCGGAGGGGUUGCUCGGCGUACCUCCCUCGUAUCUCUCACGCUUCGCGGGUAUUUCUAUGGGAGGGAGACGCCCGUCUAAUUUCCUGUCCUGAAUUUCGAACGAGCGGGAAUUUGCACCCUUGAGUUCACAUCAACGCCGCGAUGGAAGAGCGAAGAGGAGCAGCAGGGCAGGCAAGAAGAGAAGGGUGAAAGAGGGGUGGCACGAAGGGGGAGAGGUUUGGAUGGAGAGGGAUGGCUGGUCGGAUCACAGCGGCCAUGGAACGAGGGAGAACGCGCAAAAUCGCGCGUCGAGUCCUCGUUUCGAGCGCCAUUUUUCGAUACCACCCAUUUUUCCGGCACGUUCUCUUUUUCGGUCUGCUCCCUUCCGUUCGUUCGUUCGUUCGCUCGCUCGCUCGCUCGCUCGUUCGUUCGUUCGUUCGUUCGUUCGUUGGACGAGCUUUUUUUCGUCGUUUUUUCGACACGGUCCCGAAUCGAAAACGCUUUUCAAUUCGGACGUGGCUCGCGGGGGACGUCGCGACGCGGCGUAGCGCGGCGGCCGGUGAUCGACUGUCUUUAUCGGGGCUCGAUUUUGAUUCACGCGGACAGCGGACGCCGGCUCGUUUUUAUCGAAUGCAGAGCUUCGCGCUAAAAGGGACUCGGACGAGCCACCUUUCCCCUGGAUGACGGUUAUUUAUACUCCACCCCGUGUCGCGGCGUCGAGCAAGUGGAAGGGAAAGUACGGAGAAACUGUCGAGAGCGACAGAAGCGCGAUACGUCCGGGCCGAUUAAUUUCCUGGCGGAACGUUGGAUAGAGAGACGGCGCACCGCGGCCAAAUAAAACUACGAAUAAAGGAAAUUCGUCGUCUCCUCGAGUUAUACACGGUGGCUCGGUGGAUUUUUCAAAGAGGCGUGGAGAAUAUCCGGGAAAAGCUCGUGCAUUGUGCAACGGGGAGUAGCUCGAGCGUGACGACGCGCGGGAUCCUGUGCCACGGCCAACCAGUCUACGGACAAAAACCCAUUAUACGCGGACUCCUAUUAUGUGAUUGUUAUGAAUUUCCUAUUAAUAAUAAAUAAACAAACAUAAUGGAGGCCGUUGCGCCGCGUUAGCCUGCGGGAUAGCAUCUGGUUUCGUCAAGAGAGCGAACGAGCGAGAGAAAGAGAGGGAUAGAAAGACGCACGAGGGUUGCGAGCGGGUCUCGACACCCCCCGACUAUGUAUCUCCACGACUUGCACUCGUGCGUCUGAAAGCGGAUCCUCUCGUUAGGUUCUCUCGCUCGCGCGAUUGGCUCGAUACGAGAUACGCCGGCCAGUCAUUGGCCGUUGCUCGAACAAUGACCGGUUACAAAUCAUCCCCUUUUAUACCUCGAAGCGAUCAAGUACGCGUGACGAUUCCUUUUUUCCUUCCUUCUCUUCCCUUCUCUCUGUCUGGCUUCUACGAGAUAUUCUUUCUCGGCGCUCGGACCAGUUGCACGCAGGGUAAAUUCGAUUCGCGCGACUCGAGAUACGUUUCGUAGCGCGCAGAGACAGAGAUUCGGCCAGCAAAUUGAAAUUUAUCAUCCUGUUGGCGAAAGAAUCCGUCAUCAUCGUCCGCCCUCUUCUUCGUCGUUCGUUCAACAAUCGGAAUUUUAAGUUCGACUUUGAUCGCUUUUGAAUCGGCUUUUAACACGCCGGGUCCUAAUGGUAUUUUGGAAACAGUUCGAAAAUAUUUGACAGGGUCAAACACGGCGAACAAUCGUACGAACGUGGCGAAUCGUCCCGCGUGCAGAUAAGGGAGCAAUUUUCUCGCGUACAAACAACCCCAUGUCGGAGAAACAAAUUUUUAGCAAAGGAUGAACGAAGAGGGGUUAAAACAUGCAAGCCGUAAAGUCAAGUUUCUGUUCGGAACAGGUAGAGCGGCGGCUUUCGACCGGUCAACCCUCGACGAUCCAUCCUGCGUCUCGUCCUAAUCCUGUUUGCAGGAUGAGCCGACCGUUGCAACCUAUGUUUGAUUAUUUUAGGAUUUUCCAAGGUACGCGAAAGCGUUUUGUCCGACGCGUCGGAUAACUCUGUGUGUAGUAUGUACGCCCACUGGAAAUCCUCUUUGGAUUCUUCCGUAUCGGCCUAUCUGAAAACAUCGAGACCCGACACAAGCGUUUCACGAGUCGUCCAGUCUAUCCGUCUCCCGAGAUAAAAGAGUUAGAGGUCUUUGCUUGUACGAUCGAUCUAUUAAAAAAAAAAAAAAAAAAAAAAAAAAAAAAUUGUAAGAAUACGCGAUCAAGUUUCUCGGUGUUAGUUUGAAAAAAAAGUUUAAUUAGAAUGUUCGAACGUUGAAACGUUGGAAUUUCGAAAUUUAUUUUACGGUUACUAGCCCGUUGAAAGAAACGUUCUUUUCGCGGAAGACGCAAAUCCCAGCAACGUGAACGCGAAUUAGAAAAACGUGGAAGAAAAGAACGAGGCGGAGUAAGUUAGUCACCUGCGGAAAGUCCGGUGUCGGUUGGUUGCUGCUGGUCCCUAGCCGGACAAAGGGCCAGGUAUUUAAAAUUCUAUUGUACCUUUUAAACAGCCGGUAUUAUCUCGUUAAACUGUAGGCGUGGUGCGAAUUUCGGGCUAUGUCCCGAGAGACAACCGGAUUAAAGGAGCGACGCUACGGGACGCGACGAUCGCCGCAAGUACGCUUGCAAAAAAUUGUCAAACUACGUUGUUGCAAAAAGUAGCGAUGUCUCGCGGUAACGUGUAAAACAGGACAACGAAAACGACGAAGGAAACCGUGUUCCUGUUCGUUGUCGAGACCGUACGAUCGAUCGAACUGCUCGGAGACUCAAAACAGUGGCAUCGACCGGUUGGAACGUGGUUCUCUAAAUCUCUGUCAACGGCGCGCGUCGACAAAAGCGACGUGAUUCGAGCGGGACGCGAGGAACGCGAGCACGAGCGCCCGAGGAGAAAGAAGAAAGGGGAGAGCCGUGUCGCGGAGUCGAUUUCGAAACGACUGCUUUGCUCCCAGGACGUCGAAACGAGAAACGAGGUUUGGUAGCGAGAGAGGCAGCGGUGCAGCUAGGGGAGUCGCUCAACCAUGAAACGCCAAACUAAACGGCGCUUCGAGGCCCAAAUAUGAGAGCCGACUCCCCUCGAUGCCACCACACUUUGCCCUUGCACACGGUGCACCGUGUUCUACCGCACGGCCAUAACCAACACGACUAUAAGCAACAGGGCUAUACGUACACGAACGCGUACGAAGAGGACGCGAACGCAGAGGAAACGCGUGUAUUUAUUCCGGCGUACGAAAGGAAAGCACAAAAAGGGCAUAAUGGACCCCGUAGCCAGAUAGGUGUAUAUAAUGAGGUUAGCAGAGGGGUGGAGUAAGGGAGGCUAGGCCAGCGGGGUGGUUGUGUCGCGAUACGGGAGCGACGGAGAAGGGACGAGGCGGGGAAAGGUGGAGGGGGGGAUGGUUCCCCCUCAUCCAGGACGCAUCUGCCCCAUUAUGCUGCCCCGAGGCACUCCCGAGACCAUUAAUCCUCGCUAAACGACAGCCAUUUUGUACCUAAACUGGAUUGCCGACUCACUAACUGGUUUUGAGGACGCUUAAUAGACUACUCGGCGCUCCUAUUAUGGCGAUCGCGCAUCCGCGCUAUAUUUCGGUGUCGUUUAUUCCCCGUUAAUGUGCAAACGGCUUUGGGAAUGUCCCGAGACGAGCAGCUAACUCCUCCUUCGCGGAAGUCCAAAGGGAGAGGGAGGAUGACGGUACGCGGAGGGAUGCUGGUUCUGCUCGUUUUCGAUAGGAACCGAGGGACGUCCGAGCUUGAUCCUCCGUGGAUCGUCGAUUCGCAGCCGAAGGACGACAAUAACGACGGCGACGAUGACGUUGGUAAUUGGAAAAAAUCUUCCUCGUUAUUGCCGCUGGAGAACGAUAUCGUCGUUGCUAUUAGGGUCAUGGAAUUCCGGUGCAUCGACGACGAUUUCGCGUAACUAUCUGCGAUUGCGAUUCGUUUCGCAGGAAAGCGAAGCUUUCGUCGAAAGUAUAAAAUUGUAACGUCUACGGGAAAAAAUUGUCGAGAAAAUCGACGGAGGUUUUCAAGAGGAAGCUUGGUAAAGUUUCGCGCGAACAUCCUUCCAGAACGACACCCCACGAGUUUCCUGUCGCGCAGUUCUAACAAGAUUUUGGUUAAUCGGCUUGAUUCGCUGUGACGGGAAAGUUCUGCUCCUUUUUCUUCCACGUGGUUCUCCCGCGGGACGUUGCGGCUUUUGGCUGUCACCCGGGACUAUCACCGGCAACCUGCCGAUCGGAUUAGUUUAAUCCUAAAAUAUUGUCCAGCCGGUAUACAACAACAUCGCGAAGAUUCCGCGAAAGGCCAGUCGACCGCGUGCCCGGGGAUUCGCCGGCCUAAUGCCCCUUUGACGAGGAUUCACUCGUUACGGGAGGCAAUUAAUUUUGCGUUCCGUGGCCUCAUUACGAUGGUCUUUGAUGCGAGCUUUCGGCGGGGAUUUUCGGCCCUUCGAUAACGAAGUUGCAAAGUCGCUCGUUGUACCGGCACGAUAUCAAUGGCGAGGCUUCGAUCUGACGAGAAUAAAAACUAGAAGCUAACCCGGAGGAUCUUAUCUCGUUAUCCCGCGCGUUUAACGUGCACCCUCGUGGACCGUUGCUGUACUCGGUCCGUCAUUUCCCGUCUUCAACGGCCAGUCAGUUGGGAAUCCACAACAAGCGCGUCAAAAACCUGCCAAUCAAACUUCCAAUUUCCAUCAAUCACCGACCGUUCGAUACCGUCGUCUAUCGUAGCCUGGUACAACGCGAGCCACCCCUGCCUCGUACGUACACCCUCCUACGUGCGAGUCCAGAGAUCGCGAAAUUUCCGCAGAAAAAAUGAUCCUGCUCGUUGCAGCAGCUCGACCAAGGUAUCCCGACAACGUCAUUAUCUCGUCAAACAGGCGCGUAGCCACGACGACGCGACGACGCGACGAGGGAGACGAGGAGGAAACGUGCGCGCGCGCGUACACGCGUGCUCACGCACAGGUACCGACACAGACGCACGCGGGGAUUGCCAAUCAAUUCGCGCAUCGCGCCCGGGAAUUAGACAAUUAGGAGUCGUCACGUUCCCCGAGCAGUCGCCUCAUCAUCCCGGACCCCGCGUCGUUCCGCUUCAGCCCCUUCGAGCCGACCUUCCCCCACGCUCGUCCACUCGCUCGUUUUCAUCCCCACGCGCGACGACGCGCAUCAAGCGCCACCACGUUCUCGAUCCAAGCAACGCCAUCUGCCAGACGAUGGGAACGCGAGGGGCCAACUCGAUUUCCCCGAUGCCGAAGCGGGAGAAGAACUCGAAGGCGACGUUGAAACUGGUGUUGGAUUGGCCGAGUCGCGCGGUACAAACACGCCCACCGAACAGGGGUCCGGGUUAGGGCUGUGGUGUGACUGGAGUGGUUCGCAUUGGCCGAGGAUAGGACACGGUACCGGUUGCACGGGUUCCGCGGGGGCGGCGCGCCACGGCGGCAAGCACCGCGACGCCGGCCGCCACCGAGAAGAGAGAGGACGUCUCGGCAGGCCGCAGCCGCAGCCGAACUGGUAAUCAGUGUCGUUUCCGCGCCAGCACUGGCCACCACGCGGCAGAUUACGCAGAUUACGCUCUGCACACCCCCCGCGCGUAGCCGGCCGUUGUGACACCGGAUUGUGAGAGUGCGACGGGGACGAUACGCGGAUCCUAGCAUCGGCUACGAGCUUCGGUUACCUGGGAAAUUGCAUCGUCUGUUGCAAUCGACGCUUGGACGGAAUCGUUCGACGGAACUCUGACAACGAGAGAUACGAAGUUGAGAAGUGCGCUUGGUUCUUGGCUCUUGCGAUUCGACGUCGUUUCGCAAGUGCACUCGCGCGAGAGACUGUGAGCGUCGGAAACACGGAUCGACGAUAUGUAUUGACGCGUCGCUCGUUCGUCGAACCGAUACCGAAAAGUGGAUCGAGGGAAGAACCGUAAGAGUCGGUAACGACAAUGUCGUCGGCUGCUUGAGCUGAAAGACCGGGAGAAAUCGAAUCGUCAUGCCGGUCUCUUAAAGAAACUGUUGUGACUUUAAUGGGGGGAUCCGCUCGCGCCGGCUCGGUCGGUCCACGACGAUGCGGCGGGUUCUGAGAAUAACGGGCUUGGGAGUCGUUCGUCGAAUGCCAGCCCGUGAACAUCGCCGAUGAUGCUGCUCGGUAUCGAACUAAUUGCGAGUCGAUAAACUGCUACGAUGACAGUUGUCCCUUGCACGUCGCACUGACGUUCGGCAGUUGGCGUCGAUAAGCGUGCAGAAGCGAGGAAAACGGAGAACGAUGACCGCGACGUCGUAGGUCGGUGGACGAUACUCGUGCCGGUAGAAGACGAACGGUUUCCAAGGAUAAAGCGGUGGCGAGUAGCACGCACGUCCGCUCGUUAGCUGCUAGUGGCGUCGUCCAGAUAGCCGAGUGAAAAUUACGAUGUGCGUUAAGUGAUCGAUGGCGAGGUCUUGCAGAGACAUUUAGGAAGCUCGUGCUUCGACCGAGGAUAGGCGCUACGACGAAAUUCAUAGCCUGCUAACUCGUCGAGAAUCGACCAACGACCUGAUCCCACGAUCCUCGUUCUCGAGCGGUACGAAAAGGAAGGAAAAAAGGGUAAUCGGCAUGAGUAACAGCGAGGGCGUGGUGACGGGCCAAGGAACCGGAAACGAUCGCCUCUGCGAGGACGUCGAUAUGGCAACUUCGACGUCCGCGUCGUCCAACUUGAAGCCACGAAGCGGCAAGAUCAGCUUCAGCGUGGACUCCCUGCUGAGCGACAUGAAGAAGACCGGCGUCAGCGGUGGCGCGUUCGCUCGACGAGAGAGCGACGAUCGGAUGGAUACUGAGAAAAACGUGGACGUGGAAGCGAGGUAUCGCGAGUUGCUUCUCGAACAGCAGAGACUUCAGAGCAGAGAGUUACUAGCGAGGUUGAGUCCACACGGGCUGGCGUUCGCCAAUCACCAUCAUCAUCAUCAUCAUCCGUCGAGCAGACUGGAUCAGGAUCAUCCGUCGGCCGGUCGGCAGGAGAUUCUCACCGUGAAGGAUUUCUCGAGAACGGCCAGUCACGACAAGUCUUCGUCGCCGAUUAGAAUAGACCAGGAGGUUCAGAGGGAUCGAGACGAUCGACGAUUGUCCGCCAGUUCGCCGGCCAACAGGAUCGCCGAAUCUAUGAUUCAGAGGGAACGCGGCCAGGAGGAGGACGAGAGGAUGGACAGGAUCGCUGGUCCGCGAUCCGUGUCGCCGGUCAGUAGACGAGAGAUCAUGGACGAUAGAAGCGACUCCGAGGCGAAUCGUUCGCUGGAAGGCGACAGGACCACCGAUCAUUUGGAUCUGGAGGAUCAAGAGAUCAGAAGCGUGGGACAGUCGGAGGAUUUAAACGUGAUGGACUCGGACUGCGAGCUGGACAGAGAGCUGGACAACAAUCAAGAGAAGGAGGAGAAGUCGAGUCCGGUAGUGCCUCAACCGAUUCAUCCGGGAGUUCAGAGGCCGUCUCAAGGACCGCCUUACCUCGCCGGUGCACCCGGUGCACCCGGCUGGAAUCCUGCGGGAUUUCCGCAUUCUCUCGCGGGCUUCGCGUGGCUACCCCCACCUCCGCACCCGCACAAUCCUCACGGACAUCUUUACACGCCUCACGGAGGGCCAACUAGUCCGAACGGCGAUCUGAGGCUGCCAGGACCGGGGCCAGGGCCGGUCAGGUGCACCCUGAGGAAGCACAAGCCAAAUCGCAAGCCGAGGACACCGUUCACCACGCAGCAGCUGCUCUCCCUGGAGAAAAAAUUUCGCGAAAAGCAGUACCUAACCAUCGCCGAACGAGCGGAAUUCUCGUCGUCCCUUCACCUCACGGAAACGCAGGUGAAAAUUUGGUUCCAAAACAGGCGAGCGAAGGCGAAGCGCCUGCAGGAGGCGGAAAUCGAGAAGCUGAGGCUUUCCGCGAGGCCCUUGUUGCACCCGAGUUUUGGCUCUGGCCUGAUGUUCUCCGGAGUGGGGCCUCCUGGAACACCAGGAGUGCCUCCCUUCAUCGCGGCGGCCAUGGCUAGGCACACCCAUGUCGCAGCCGCGGCAGCCAUGUUCAUGGGGCCCCCUGGACACAGACCUUAAUAAGGCAGAGUCGAGCUGCGCGAACUCAAGUCGCUCGAAUCCUGGCCAGUCUGCCUGAUCCAGACUGCUGAACGACAAGAAACGCGUUGCGAGAUUCGAUCGAGCUCGAACGACUCGCGGAAUCGACUGGACCAUAGCCUGGCGGCUCGUCGACUUCGUUUGGAAAAAAAAAAAACGACAACUGCGAGAUUCGUUGGAAGCGACUUGUGGAAUCGCUGUGCGGAUAACGAGAUGGAAGAAACGAGGACCAGAGAGGAAUCUGUGGUGGUUUGAAAGAUGGUGAUGGGUUUGGAGAAUCGGUGUCAAAGUUUCGAGAUUCGGGAAAGCAGAGAAAUUAUUUUUUUCGAGGCGCGGUCGGCGUUCGAGUAUGAAACGAAGGGGUGAAAAAAUCGGGUGGAAUAAAUGGAGCAGGGGCCUUUCGAAUUUGUGGUAAUAAAUAAUCAGUGAUUUGUGAUUGCGAGGAAAAUAGCGAAGGAAAGAAUGGAGAGAAGGUGGUUUUCGAAGGGUGGCAUCGCGAACGACGUACCGCGAUGCCAUUAAUUAAGCGAAAGCCGCACAUUCCAAAAGACUUUACGGUCUAUCGCCAGAAAGAGGAAAACAAACCAAUAACCACCGGUCGGGUGAAAAGCGCGAUCUUCAAACUCAUCACCGUGUUGGAGAACCUCGGAGAAAUCGGAGAUUUCGCUUCCAUCGAAUCUGCGAAACCUAUUCCAGUGACGAUAAGUGAACGAUCUGGUACGGACGUGAAGGAAAUUGUACGCGAGGUCGGCGCGAGUUUAUAACGCGCGAUACGAGAAUGCCGGUGUUCGUUCGUCGUAGGAAGCGACGCGACGAAAUGUUUUCAGCUUUGGUCGCGAAACGAUAAAUCGACGGGUGACUUUUACUGCCGCGAUCGUUCGCCAGAGUCAGGGAAAAGUCUUUGAAAACGUGGCACCGAACUCGCUGACUUUCGUUUCUCUUUUGUUUUUCUACGUUCGCCGGUUUCUUCGCCCCGAAAUGAUUUCAUUCCGCGCGAAACAGACACGGAUGAAUUUACGAAUACGACGACGAACGUGAUCGAAUAGUCGAGAGGCUGGUCCGUACGAUCGUGACGCGACGGCAUUUAGAAAGCAUUUUCAAGGCGUUUGAUCUCACAAUGAAAAAAAUCGUACGAAACCGAUGUAUAUAUUGUAAAUAGACGUCUAUCGAAUCGCGUAAGUGUACGUAUGUAUAUAUAAAUAUUAAUAUAUCGACGCAUGUACAGGACGUUCGGCUUCCGAUUUCGCGAAGAGAGAGAAUGCGACGAAAACCGGAGGCGAUCGACGAAAAGAGCAAAACGAGAUGCGACUCUCGACGACGUUGUGAUCGCGACUCCGCCGUUUCAAUUAACCCGCUCCUUCGGCUCGUUUAUCCCCCGGAGGGAAAUUUACGGGUGAGAUAAUCGAUUAGGUUGAAGAAAAAGAAGAAGAGAGAAAUACGCUACGUAGCCGAUGACUCCACUCUAGAACAGCUCAGCUAGAAUUCCCGCUCGCAAAUCGUUCUUUAACGAUCGCAUCGAACCGAGUCGAGAAGUUCGACAGGUCGGACGUCUCGUUCGUUUAAUCGGUCUUUCAUCGAGCUACGCACACAGAGAUUCGAAAUUACAGACUUGACACGCGAUCUUCAAUAGUGUCCGCUGAACGCAGCAACCGGUGUGACGUAACAAAUAAAUUCUCUUUUUUCUAAAAGAUACGUAGAAAUCCGCGCGUUUUCCCAGCCAAAUUCUUCGCUAGAUUCGGUAAAUGCGUUCGUUAAAAUGGGAUAUUUUUUCCGUUUCGCGCGUCCAAAGGACGAGGAAAAGCGUAAAUUUCGAUGGCAUCCGCGAUCGACUCGAGAUCGACGAAUGUAUCGCGAGCAUACUGCGAACGCGACGAGGUCACGGAUGUACCUAAGCGCUCUGUAUAAAUGUAACAUGAUAAUUUAUCCAUGGAAGUAUACCAUAGCGAAAUAAAAAUGAUUUCAGUAUUUA